AUGGCUCGUACCAAACAAACGGCACGUAAAUCAACUGGAGGAAAAGCUCCACGUAAACAACUUGCUACCAAAGCUGCUCGCAAAUCUGCGCCUUCAACGGGAGGGGUUAAGAAACCUCAUCGUUACCGUCCAGGGACUGUUGCCCUCCGUGAAAUUCGUCGAUACCAGAAAAGCACAGAACUUUUAAUUCGUAAGCUGCCAUUCCAACGCCUUGUUCGAGAGAUUGCGCAGGACUUCAAGACUGAUCUUCGUUUUCAGAGUGCUGCUAUAGGAGCUCUUCAGGAAGCAUCUGAGGCUUAUUUGGUCGGACUUUUCGAGGACACCAACUUGUGUGCUAUCCACGCUAAGCGUGUCACUAUUAUGCCAAAAGAUAUUCAAUUGGCUCGUCGGAUCCGUGGCGAACGUGCUUGA